AUGCUUGUUCGACCGAGGUCUGUACAAACGAUUAGUAAUGAAGAUACUGAAUUAAAAAAAAAUUUAUUCGAUGAAAAUAAUUUUAAUGAAAUCGACGGAAAUUUGGAAAAUAAUGUUGUCAGUUUUCUCGAACACGAAACUGACGGUAAAACAGAAGAAGAUCAGUUUUUAGGAUCUCAAAAGAAAGAUGCUAAAAAGCAAUCUCCAGCUCGAAGAUUAAAACUAUUCGAAAUUUAUAAAUUUGCUGAUAAACUUGAUGUUCUUAUUAUGUUUAUUGGUACUAUAGCUUGUAUGGGUACUGGCGCUGUGUUUCCAUUAAUGAUGUUAGUGUAUCGAAAUGUGGCAACAUCAUUGGUGAAAGCUAGUAUUCCUUCAGUUCUACCAAAUUUGACAUCAAUUAUUGAUAUAAAUGCAACAUGUGCUGUUAAACCAGAAAAUUCAACUGCAGAUGUUUUAUCCGAGCUUCGUGGCAUGAUUAAAUGGUAUGGUAUACUAGGUUGUGCCAGUAUUCUUUGUUAUUGGAUUGGUUUUUCAUUAUGGAUGAUUGCGGCUGAACGUCAAGUUCGACGAAUAAGAUUUGCAUUAUUUCGUUCAAUUAUGAAUCAAGAAAUGGGUUGGUUUGAUAAACUUAAUCCUGGUGAAUUAAGUAAUCGCUUAGUAUCAGAUUUGGAUAAACUUCGUGAUGGUUUAGGAGAUAAAAAAGCUGAAUUCAUUAGUUUAAUCUGUCGAUUAAUCGGUGGUCUUGUAUUUGCUUUUGUUACAGGAUGGAAAUUGGCAUUAGUAUUUAUAUCACUUAGUCCAUUGACCGUUAUUGCAUUCAACAUAACUAUGCGAGUCAUUGCAAAAUAUACAGCAAAAGAAAUAAAAGCAUUUUCAAAAGCAAGUGCUGUGGCACAAGAAGUUCUUGGUUCAAUAAGAACUGUAACAGCAUUUGGCGGACAAAAAAAAGAAGAACAAAGAUUUUCAGAGAAUUUACUUGAAGCAAAGCAAAUUGGUAUAAAAAAAGGUCUUUAUAUGGGUUUAUGUCAAGCAGCUGCUCAAGUAGCAAUUUAUAUAUCUUUUGCAAUUACAUUUUGGUAUGGACCAUAUCUUGUACGAAAUGAAUGUCAAAAUUAUGAUGCUGGAGCUGUGAUCGUUAUUUUUGUCUCAUGUUUACAAUCAACCUUUAGUAUUUCCCAAAUAGUACCAAAUAUUCAAGCAUUUGCUGAAGCAUCUGGUAGUGGUGGUUAUGUAUUUGAUAUUAUAUCACGAAUAUCCAAAAUUGAUGCAUUUAAGAACGAAGGUGAAAUACCAACGAGCAUUGUUGGUGAUAUUGAACUUCAAAAUCUUACAUUCACAUAUCCUGCUCGGCAAGAUGUACCGAUUUUGAAAAAUAUAAAUAUGAAAAUUCCAUCGGGCAAAACAGUAGCUUUAGUUGGAGCAUCAGGAUG